GCGGCGCCGCUCUUUGGAUGGGGAGGGAAGCCGUCCAUAGGACCCGCGGCGGGCCCGCUUCGGCUGCUCCGCUGGCCUGGUCUCUCUUGGCGUCUUCACUGUGCGCUCCGACCGGCACCAUGGGGAAGCGGGACAAUCGAGUGGCUUACAUGAAUCCAAUAGCAAUGGCCAGAUCAAGGGGUCCAAUCCAGUCUUCAGGGCCAACAAUCCAGGAUUAUCUGAACCGACCAAGGCCUACCUGGGAAGAAGUGAAAGAGCAACUAGAAAAGAAAAAGAAAGGCUCCAAGGCUUUAGCUGAAUUUGAGGAGAAGAUGAAUGAGAAUUGGAAGAAAGAACUAGAAAAACACAGGGAGAAAUUAUUAAGUGGAAACGAGAGCUCAUCAAAAAAAAGACAGAGAAAGAAAAAAGAAAAGAAGAAAUCUGGUAGGUAUUCAUCUUCUUCUUCAUCAAGCUCUGAUUCUUCCAGCAGUUCUUCAGAUUCUGAAGAUGAGGAUAAGAAACAAGCAAAACGGAGAAAGAAAAAGAAGAACCGUUCUCAUAAAUCUUCUGAAAGCUCUACUUCAGAAACUGAAUCAGACAGUAAGGAUAGUUUGAAAAAGAAAAAGAAAUCAAAGGAUGCAACUGAAAAAGAAAAGGACAUUAAAGGAUUCAGUAAAAAAAGAAAGAUGUAUCCUGAAGACAAACCUUUAUCAUCUGAGUCCUUGUCAGAAUCAGAUUAUAUUGAGGAGGUACGAGCAAAAAAGAAGAAAAGCAGCGAAGAACGAGAUAAAGCAACAGAAAAAAUCAAAAAGAAAAAGAAGCAUAAGAAACACAGUAAGAAGAAGAAAAAGAAGGCUGCUAGUUCAAGUCCUGACUCACCGUAACAAUAAGAAAAACCAGGAUUCCCUUAUAAAGAAAGUGCAAUGUCAAAGGAAAUUUCAACUGUGAAAAUUAUGACAUAUUUACUAAAAUGCAUGAAUUUUCUUGUUUUUAGAAUUAUUCCUGGACUAUUAGAGCCACUCAGAGGCCACUGUGUGGAAGGGCCAUGAUUAUUGCCUGCUGCUUGAACAUCUGUUUUUUCUUCCAGUGCUUGAUAACUGGAAGAUAAUACACUGCAGUCAUACUAGUGGUUAAGAUAUUUGGGAAUAAAGCUAAUAUUUUAAACUAGAAGUACCUAGUGAUAAAUCAACACAAAUUGAAUCUGGAUGCAUCUUUAAGGUGUAAUCAGAAUUGACCAGAUGACUCUAGUUAAAAUUUUUAAAGUAGGGAUCACAUUAAUAUUUCAAAAUCCUUACUGUGUAGAUAAGUGUAUUUUAAUUUUUCCCCCUUGUAUGCUUUUAUUUACCUGGGGAAGGAGAUUUUAAAGUGGGGGGGGGGGUGAUUUGCUAUCUCUUUAGCUAGCAGAAUAGCGUGCCUUUGAUCUUCACACAUCCUACUUUUAUGGACACAGUAGCCAUGCUUCCUGGGGAGGUCAGAGCUGGGUACCAACAGUCUUUACCCUUUACUGAGCUUAGUGACAUCCUUGGACUUUAUCAUAUGCUGCUUUGAGUGAACCAGAAAAACAACCCUUUACAGCAUGAGAAAGUCCCCGAAGCUCUGGUAUUUAUCUCCAUGAUAAUAAUAACUGAAUGUUUUUUAGCUUUAGAAUGUGUUACGUCAUUUGAAUUAAGUUUGACUAUACUUUGGCUUUGGAGAUAGACACUGGUACCUUUUGGACUUGAUAGCUGAAGAUUCUAAAAUGCAUGUUUUAUACAGUUAAGUUUAACUGGUCAGGAAAAUUUUAUGUAACCAGCAAUAGUUACUUUAUUUUUUGUAUGAAUUUUGUUUAGGCUGCAAUGUUUAGCUUUUGUUAACUCCUUACUCUUGCUGUCUUAAGUUCAUUACUAUGUUUAGUGGCAUACUUGCCAAGAUAUUUAGCAUGUAAAAAGCAGGGUUUUGAUUUUUUUUUUUUUUUUUUUUUUUUUUAACAGCUUCAUAUUGAAGCUGAGACUUAUAUAAACAAGUUGAAUGGCAGGCCUGGUAUGCUGUAUCUUGUUACAUAAAGCUGUUGCCAGAAUCUUAGUAAAUAUAAUGUUUUAAAAGCUUGUUGUCUUUGUAUGUUAAUAACAAAUUAUAAUGAGUUAAAUUUAAGUGAGAGUUUUAUCACUGCUCUUUCUGUGUCAUAUUUUACUAAGAUUUUGUGCCUCAUAUCUUCUGCUGAAUUAUUAGGAAUGUUAAAAGGAAUUGAUAAAUCACUUUCGUUUUACAUUUUUAUAUAAUCAAGUAAUAUGAAAUAUAAUUUGAUGUACAGUUUUGCCUGUUACAGGGGGUAUGCUGAUUAUAGUGGCAUAUGCACAGAACAUUUUGGCAUGACGAGGCUGAAUAAAUAGCUAUUUUACUUAAAAAUAGCUGUGUUCUUAUCUCCCUUUGGGUCACAGGUAGUUAUAAAGAUAAAUACCACUUGGUUAGUCGGUAGAUAAGAUAGAACCACAAGUUUUUUAACUAUAAAAGUAACAUUUCCUAGAAAAUUCCUUUAGAUUUUGUGCUUAAGACUGCAUACUGUUAAAAGAUAUCUAUGCUCAAGUACACAGAAAUUUUGACCAGCAUUUCAUAUUCCAAAAGAAAAUUGUUAAUGAAAGUGCCAAAAAAAAAAUUUAUUAGGUCAUUUGUUGGUUAGUUUUGCUAUGAAUAUAGAAGCAUAACUUUAUAGACUGGUCCAGAAUAUAAUUGUCCUGUCCCGCUAGAAGCAACUGUUCAUUAGGCUGGGGAAGAGGGAACAAUGUGAUUUGAUUUAAAAAAAAAAAAAACUAUACUUUUCAGAUUCUGUUUACUGAAUAUGAAACGCCUUUUUUCAUUGUUUUUCUAAUAACAGUCUUCCAGUAAUGUAUGGAAAGAGUAUUUGACAGAGUAAUGCUGUCAGUUAUGUUUAUUUCAUAGUUAACUACAAUGUACAGGAUAAUAAUAUCUCUUCCUCCUUCCACAAACCACGCUUUGUCUUUCUUGAGUAACUGAACACCAAUUGUACAAAGACGAGGCAUGUUGUUUCGAUAACGGUACUUGGAUAACUGCCAGAAAUUGAUGAGUGUCUGGAUAGAAAAAUUGGCUCUAUACCAGUGCUACUUACUUUAGUCACUUUGAAUUUCCUUGGUUGCCCUCAGUGUAUUUAGGUAUUUGAAGUACCAUUAGAGUGUCUUGAUUUUAUUUUAUUCAGAAUACAGGUUCUUUUUUUUUUUUUUUUUUUUCUCAUUUAAGAUGUGUUAAAAAUUAAUUUUCUAUCUUUUCAUUGUAAACAGUAGACUAACCUCAGGGAAGCCAAGUGAGAACUGCUAUUUGAACUUUUUUUAACUUAAAACCUAUGAGCAUCCAUCUAGUAUUUUUGGAAGGAAGAUUUUAGGAAGACAGCCCCCUGCCCCCAAUUAUUUGCCUUGUUUUAAAACUUUUUUUUUUUUUUGGUACCUGAGAUUGAAGAUAGGGGUGCAUAAUCACUGAACCAUAUCCCCAGCCCUUUUUUAUUUUUAUUUUGAGGCAGGGUCUCACUAAUUGCUUAGGGCCAAGGCCUCCCAGGUAGCUGGGAUUACAGCCAUGUAAUUAUUAAGUAUUAAAUUUUUAAGUAUAAAGGUUUACUUUGGCCAGCUUAGAGGAGGUUAUAACCUUUGAAGGAAAUGUUGAUGCCCUGGCUUAAAACUAAUUUUAAUGUUAAGAAUCUAGUAAGGGGGCUGGGGAUGUGGCUCAAGCGGUAGCACACUUGCCUGGCAUGCAUGCGGCCCGGGUUCGAUCCUCAGCACCACAUACAAACAAAGAUGUUGUGUCCGCCGAAAACUAAAAAUAAAUAUUAAAAUUCUCUCUCUCUCUCUCUCU